CUCACUAUGAAAGUGUUCUCCCUUGCAUUUUAAAUGCCCUUGAGGAUGCAUCUGAUGAAGUUAAGGAAAAAUCAUACUAUGCAUUGGCAGCAUUUUGCGAGAAUAUGGGUGAGGAAAUCCUUCCUUUUCUUGAUCCGUUGAUGGGAAAAUUACUGGCUGCCCUCCAAAGUAGUCCUCGUAAUUUGCAGGAGACGUGUAUGUCUGCAAUUGGGUCAGUUGCAUCUGCUGCAGAGCAAGCGUUCAUUCCAUAUGCUGAGAGGGUUCUAGAGUUGAUGAAAAUUUUUAUGGUGCUUACAAAUGAUGAGGAUCUCCGUUCACGUGCAAGGGCCACCGAAUUGGUUGGCAUAAUUGCAAUGUCUGUUGGGAGGACGAGGAUGGAACCAAUUUUACCGCCUUUUGUUGAAGCUGCAAUAUCUGGAUUUGCAUUGGAGUUCAGUGAGCUUCGCGAGUACACUCACGGAUUCUUCAGCAAUGUGGCAGAAAUUUUGGAAGACGGUUUUAGUCAGUAUCUUCCACAUGUUGUACCUUUGGCAUUUUCCUCCUGCAAUCUUGAUGAUGGCUCGGCUGUGGACAUUGACGAUUCUGAUGAGGACGGAAAUGUUAAUGGAUUUGGUGGAGUGUCAUCUGAUGAUGAAGCUCAUGAUGAACCAAGGGUUCGCAAUAUCAGUAUAAGAACAGGAGUGUUGGAUGAAAAGGCUGCUGCCACGCAAGCCCUUGGCUUAUUUGCUCUGCACACGAAGAGUUCCUAUGCACUCUAUUUGGAAGACUCACUGAAGAUUUUUGUAAGGCACUCGACCUAUUUUCAUGAGGAUGUUCGGCUGCAGGCCAUUAUUGGUCUGAAAUAUAUUUUGACAGCUGCACAUGCGGUCUUCCAAGAUCAUAAUGAAGGGACAGUGAGAGCUAAAGAAAUUCUUGAUGCUGUGAUGAAUAUUUACAUCAAGACAAUGACAGAAGAUGAUGACAAGGAAGUAGUUGCUCAAGCUUGUAUGAGCACGGCUGACAUCAUCAAGGAUUUUGAGUACAUUCCCAUUGAGCCUUAUAUGGCUCAACUUGUUGAAACAACGUUGGUGUUGCUUCGGGAGGAGUCAACUUGUCAGCAAACAGAAUCUGAUAGUGAAAUAGAUGACGAUGAUGCUGAACAUGAUGAAGUUCUUAUGGAUGCAGUUUCUGACCUCCUCCCUGCAUUUGCCAAGGCCAUGGGUUUUCAUUUUGCACCGAUUUUCUCAAAGCUGUUUGAACCUUUAAUGAAAUUUGCGAAAGCUUCACGCCCACCACAAGAUCGGACCAUGGUGGUUGCAUGCCUUGCAGAAGUUGCUCAGAAUAUGGGAGGUCCAAUUGCUGGCUAUAUUGAUGCUCUGAUGCCCUUGGUACUUAAAGAAUUAGCUUCAUCAGUGGCAACUAAUAGGAGGAAUGCGGCAUUUUGUGUUGGGGAGUUGUGCAAAAAUGGGGGCGAGUCUGCCCUGAAAUACUAUGGCGAUGUGUUACGUGGCCUUUAUCCCCUUUUUGGGGAAUCCGAGCCAGAUGAUGCAGUAAGGGACAAUGCUGCUGGUGCUGUGGCACGGAUGAUAAUGGCGCACCCUGAGUCCAUCCCUCUAAAUCAGGUGUUUUUUCUGUUCUAUCAUGCUCUUUUAUUUAGUAUAUUCUCAGCUCGCUUAGUUUUGUCUGUUUAUUACCUUUUUUGCAGGUUCUACCUGUUUUCUUGAAAGUUCUUCCUUUGAAAGAAGAUCAUGAGGAAUCAAUAGCUGUCUAUAGUUGUGUCUCUAAUCUGGUUUUAUCAUCGAAUUCUCAGAUCCUGUCUCUGGUUCCAGAGUUGGUUAACCUAUUUGCCCAAGUUGCUGCAUCAUCUGUUGAAACUCCUGAAGUCAAAGCUCAAAUAGGCAGGGCUUUCUCUCACCUGAUUUCACUAUAUGGUCAUCAAAUGCAACCCCUUUUGGGCAAUCUUUCACCUACGCAUGCUAAUGCACUAGCUGCAAUUGCGCCAAAGAGUUGACAGCUGAUCAAGCCAGCCAGCUGAGUCAUUUCGUUACUUUUUGGCAGUACUGUUUUCACUAAUGGGCUCAUUUCUCAGACUCUUAUUACCAUUAGGAGCUGGUUAUGAUCACCAGAACGAGGAUUGUUUUCUCAUCCAGAAAACCAAAACUCAGACAUUUGUAUUGUGGGAGAAAUAUAUCUGCCAAUAUGCAACGGUCCCACAUUCUACCCCUAUAAUAAACGUGUAAGAGUUGUUAAAAUACUGUCGGUAGUGUUUCUUAUAAUCAAUACUCUCUUUUGAUAUUUCAGUUUUAUUAUGUUGCUUAAUGUUCAUAUCCAUCAUGCAGGUUGUGGUUUGCCUUCUUCCAGCUGUCUAGUUAAAUUACUUGUGUGGAGAUUGGCUUUUUCUUCCAGUUUUGAUGUAUUCAUAGUGUUCCUUUUCCCCAUUCUUUAUUUACUCAUUAUUUAUGUUUGCUUGCGGUGUCCAUUUAGUUCUUCAAUUGUUGAGCUUAAGUUGUAAGAAUUAUGUUGUGAGAGGAUCUUGUAAAUCCCAUAUUUAUACCGUGUAACAAGGUUUGUAAAAUAAUGCUUUUUCCCCUCGACGCUGUUCAAGAUUGUCCCUUGUCAGAGAUACGAUGGGUUUUUUCUCUUUUAUUGACAAUUUCAAUUGAUCAAUUUUGAAGUUGGC